ACAAGCCUAAUAUGGAUAUAUUUGAGCACAGCCUGUCACCGCGAUAUUAGACCAGUAAACUACGGUGUGCUGGAUGGGGAUUACCGGGGCAGGGUGAGGUCGUCGCUUCCUCUCGGACGGGGCUUCAUGAAUGCGUCAAAAUGGUGCCAUGGGAGGUUCGAGUUCUGAAUUGAAGCUUAUCCCCUUGGGUUGGACGACUGCAGGUCACCAGUCUGCCAGACCUCAUGGCUCCAUUUCUGCUCCUGAUGUUCCUUCUGACUGAAGCAGCAUCGGACCUGAUGGUGGUAACAGUGCACCCUGGAGAUGAUGUCAUUCUACCAUGUCAGGCUGCUGAUUCCUCCAUCAUAGCUGCAGAGUGGAGCAGACCUGACCUGGAGCCAGAGUACGUCCUUUUCUAUAGAGAUGGACACCUGGAUCCAACCCACCAGCAUCCAUCCUUUAAGGACAGGGUGGACCUGGUGGACAGAGAUCUGAAGGACGGAGACGUGUCUUUAAUUCUGAAGAAUGUGGACAGCAUCGACAACGGGACAUACGAGUGUCGAGUUAAACCAGCUGGUUCCAGACAUAGAAAGAGAGCCAUCAUCGACUCUGAGCCAAUCAGAAUCAUCAGUCUGCAGGUGACAGACCCAGGUUCCGAUGAUAGAAACUCCUCUCCUGGAGGCCGAGACCUUGGACUGGCAGCAGGUGUUCUGCUUCUUGUAGCUGCUGCUGUGGUUGGUGUCCUGAUGUUUAAAAGAUGUAAGGACAAGAGAUCAGGACAACCUGCUGAUGAUGAAGCAUCAGGUGAUCUGACAACUCAUAGAGCUCUUUACAUAUAGACAAUAUAUAAACACAGAUAUACAGAUGAGUAUUAAAAAAUCCUCGAUGCAAAAUGAGUUGCCUCGAAGCUUUGUUAAAUCAAUGUUACCAACGUUGUAUCGCUGACGGACGGUGUUUCCGCACGGGGCAUAUAUACUGCAUUAUUACUUUAUUUGAACAAAGCUUGAUGCUGGAGAAAUUAUUGUUUUAAACUUUUUGCAUAUGGCCUGUGGAGGCAUCUGCUUCAUCUCUUUUGCACUUUGUUUACAAAGGUCCUAACUGGCACUCUUUAUGUCUGAGCCUAAUGUUUAAUAUUUUUUGAAGUGCCAUUUUGUUUACAUC